CGCCAGUCACCGACUGUGGGCCAGACACAAAAGCUUCCGCCCUCUCGGCAACUCACAACCAGGGGAGUGCCUCCUCCUCUCCACCCUGGCACAUGGCUACUCUCCUCCCCCCCCCCUCCCUUCCCGUCCCUCCCCGAAGCACCUUUGCCGCCCCGGGCCCCACUCCCUCACAUCCCCGCUCCUUGGCCCAUCGAUCACCAGCACGCGCGUUGACUCUUCGCUCUCGAGCCCUGUCUCUGGACUUGGCACAUCUACCGACGUAUGCCCCCCUGUCCGGUCGGCCCACGCACCUGGGCUGCCUUGCUCCUGGUCCUGGCGGGCCUGCUGGCUGCCGGGCUGGCCGAGGCCCCUCCUGCUGGUGUGCACUCUCGGGCUGUGGUUUGUCCUGGAGAUGAUCCGAGUGGUGCCUGCGUUGAGGUGCUCCUGACACCGAUGGCCGAGCCUGCCGCCUGCCGUGUGGUCCCGGCGCGUGGGCAUGCCCCCUCGGCUGCCAGCUGGCCCGGCAUCAUGAGGACCCACGAUCAGGCUUGCGCUACCCUUCGAUCGAUGGUCGGACGGGCGGUCGAGCGAGCCGCCCUUCCCCCGCCUGGGCGGCGGGCCCGGUCUCGGCGUCUCCCGGGGCUCGGCCAAGUUGAAGUGGCUCCCGCCGACUCCGACCAGUCAGGUCUCCCUGCCACCUUCGGGGUGGCCAUCGACUCGGAUUCGACCGCAGCCGAGGUCCUUCGAGUGCUAACUACUCCCAACGUGCCGGACUCCGGCCCGACUCCCUCGCCACCCCUCGAUGAGGAAGUGGAAGGCCCGGAAGAGGGCACGGACCCGACGCCCCCCCAUCAGCAACACCCGUCGGCCGGGCGCUCGUCUACUCGCCUGUUCCUGCGGACCCUCUCCUUCAAUGUGGACAGCGCAUCCACCCGCGGGCCCCCUUGGACGGAGCGCAUGCCCAUCCUUGUCAGUGCCAUCACUUCCCGGAAUCCGGAUGUGGUGGCUCUGCAAGAUCUGGCCACCGAGCACCUGGAUCUGCUCCUUUCGGCCCUCGGCGAGCAGUAUGCCCUGGCCCCGCAGACGGUGGCCGACCUGCGCCUGGGCAUCGCCCUGCACAAUCCGAUCCUCUUCCGCCGGACACGCUUCCUCCCCCUGCAAUCUGGCACCUUUUCCCUGUGUAAGACGCCCUCCCUCCCGGGGUGCAUGUCAUUCGGCAACACCGCGCCGCGAUCCGUCUCCUGGGUCCUUCUCCAUGACAAGUCCUCCCGGCGCUCCUUCUACCACUUCAACACCCGGCUGGAUCCCAAUGCCCCGGCGGCUUUGACCGAAAGCACGUUGCAAAUGGUUUUGAGCAUCUCCAACUACAAUCCCCACGGCAUCCCGGUGGUGGCCACCGGUGACAUGGCUGCCCAGUCGGAAGACGACUUCCAUGUGCAUCUCCUGCGGGCCAGCGGCUUCAUGGACAGCUUCCGCCUUCUUCCGGGCAACCAGCAUGCCGGUGAUACGUAUCACGACUUCACCGGGGUGGCCACCGAGCGGCCGGACUUCCUCUUUCUCCAUGGGUCUCCGCUGGCCACAGCUGGCUUGGCGGUCAGCGAGGCGUCCCUCAUUCGGGACAACCGUCAAGGCACCGGGUCCCAGCACAUCUACCCUUCUUCGCACUUUGGCCUCCUGGCGGCAAUGUCCUGGGACUUCCCCGGGCCGUCUCCUCUGGCUUUGACCUCGUGGAUCGGCUGGCUUGGCCUGGCGCUGCUGAUUGUUUGCAUUGGUGUGGUUCUGCCCCUGCUGGUGGUGGCUUUGGUGCGGUUGCAUCGCCUUGGUCAGCUCCCCUUCGCCUGGCUGCGUCUCGAGUCGACGGAGGCCGUAGGCAAGGAUGCAAAUGCCGACAAGGAGGCCGCCAUCCUCAAGGAGGACCCCUCUUCCGAUCCGGCGCCUUCCUCCAUGUCUCUGGACUCUCAGGCCAGCUGGUCGCCCUGAUGCUGCUGGAAAUAAAUGCCCUGUCCUUGGUGAAGA